AUGUCAGACUACGAAGAUGACAUCGAUAUGGAGGAUGCGUCCAAGGCGACCUCUGACAUCCAAUUUUCCUCCGCAACAGACACAAAAGGAAAACGCAGCGCCGCCAACCUGCCGGUAGAAGCGGAAGACACAUUACCAUGGGUGGAGAAAUACAGACCAGCGUCGCUGGCAGAUGUCAGUGGACACCAGGACAUUCUGGCGACGAUCAACAGAUUCGUAGACACAAAUCGAUUACCGCACCUGCUGUUAUACGGGCCGCCUGGUACUGGCAAGACCAGCACAGUCCUGGCCCUUGCCAGAAGGAUAUAUGGCAACAAGAAUAUGCGGCAAAUGGUCCUGGAGCUCAAUGCAUCCGAUGAUAGAGGUAUCGACGUAGUUCGAGAGCAAAUCAAGACGUUCUCGUCCACCAAGCAGAUCUUUGCUGGGAGCUUCGACAAAGCGCAGUCCGAGAGCAUUGCAAGCUACAAGCUCAUCAUCCUCGACGAAGCAGAUGCCAUGACAGGUACUGCUCAGAUGGCCUUGCGUCGGAUUAUGGAGAAGUACACUGCGAAUACUCGCUUCUGCAUCAUUGCCAACUACUCGCACAAAUUGUCGCCUGCUCUCUUGUCAAGAUGCACCCGCUUCAGAUUUUCGCCACUAAAGGAACCCGAUAUCAGACGUCUGGUUGACAAAGUCAUCGAUGAGGAGCGCGUUAACAUCGCACCUGAUGCGACCGACAGCCUCGUGACACUGUCUAAGGGUGAUAUGCGUCGUGCUCUGAACGUGCUUCAAGCAUGUCAUGCCUCUUCUACUCCACUUCACGUGCCCGGCAAGCCUGUCAAGGAGUCGAAAGACAUUAAGCGCGAUCUCAUCACACAGGAAACCAUCUACGACUGCAUAGCUGCGCCACAUCCAGCAGACAUCCAGACCAUUGCCCAGACACUACUUACGACCAGCAAUAUCGGGUCGUGCUUAACGACGAUCAACACACUCAAGCGCGCGAAAGGUCUCGCUCUGGCAGACAUCCUUACUGCCCUUGGCGAGCAGCUAAGCGAGGUCGAUGUCCCGGCACAGACGAGAGUGUCGUGGCUGGAAGGGCUAGCAGAUAUUGAAUACAGGUUAAGUGGUGGCGGCAGUGAGACUGUGCAGACUGGUGGACUCGUCGGUGUGAUACGUAAUGGCGUGGGCAUGAUGGAGAGGGCAGGGACAUAA